GCGGCGCGAUCACGUUCUUUAAAUACGGCCUUGCUAGAGCGCGCGACAGUGAGAGGAGUGGGAUGGAGUGUGCAUGGAGUGGGGCUCGUGCUUGGGGCCAGAGCCCGGCGGACCACGAGAUUCGGGAUAAAAUCCUGCCUCCGCUGGACCCUGCACUGCCAGGCAGCAGAAUUCUGACCCAGAGUGAAGCAGAAAUCUAGGAAUAUGAGCUCCAUGAUGGCCAUGGGUGAACCAAGGCUGAACUGGGAUGUUUCCCCAAAAAAUGGCCUUAAGACAUUUUUCUCUCGAGAAAAUUAUAAAGAUCAUUCCAUGGCUCCAAGCUUAAAAGAACUGUGCAUUUUAUCUAACAGACGUAUAGGAGAAAAUUUGAAUGCCUCAGCAAGUUCUGUAGAAAAUGAGCCGGCAGUUAGUUCAGCAACUCAAGCAAAGGAAAAAGUUAAAACCACAGUUGGAAUGGUCCUUCUCCCAAAACCAAGAGUUCCUUAUCCUCGUUUCUCUCGUUUCUCACAGAGAGAGCAGAGGAGUUAUGUGGACUUGUUGGUUAAAUAUGCAAAAAUUCCUGCAAAUUCCAAAGCUGUUGGAAUAAAUAAAAAUGACUACUUGCAGUACUUGGAUAUGAAAAAACAUGUGAAUGAAGAAGUUACUGAAUUCCUGAAGUUUUUGCAGAAUUCUGCAAAGAAAUGUGCACAGGAUUAUAAUAUGCUUUCUGAUGAUGCUCGUCUCUUCACAGAGCAAAUCUUAAGAGCUUGUGUUGAACAAGUGAAAAAGUAUCCAGAAUUCUAUACUCUCCAUGAAGUCACCAGCUUAAUGGGAUUCUUCCCGUUCAGGAUAGAGAUGGGAUUAAAGUUAGAAAAAACUCUUCUUGCCUUGGGCAGUGUAAAGUAUGUGAAAACAGUAUUUCCAUCAAUGCCUGCAAAGUUGCAGCUCUCAAAAGAUAACAUAUCUACCACUGAAACAGCAGAACAAACAGCUGCAGCUAUGCAUUAUGAUAUUAGUAAAGAUCCAAAUGCAGAGAAGCUUGUUUCAAGAUAUCACCCUCAGAUAGCUCUAACUAGUCAAUCGUUAUUUACCUUAUUAAAUAAUCAUGGACCAAACUACAAGGAACAGUGGGAAAUUCCAGUGUGUAUUCAACUCAUACCUGUUGCAGGUUCAAAACCAGUUAAAGUAAUUUAUAUUAAUUCACCACUUCCCCAAAAGAAAAUGACAAUGAGAGAGAGAAAUCAAAUCUUCCAUGAAGUUCCAUUAAAAUUCAUGAUGUCUAAAAACACAUCUGUUCCAGUCUCUGCAGUAUUUAUGGACAAACCAGAAGAUUAUAUAUCUGAAAUGGAUUCCGUCUUUGGAAAUGCCCCUUGGAUUCUUGGGAGGGAAAAGAUGUCUUAUGAAGUUAAUGAGUGCCGAAAAAUUGAGACCCUUGAAAAUUUGGAUCUGGAUUUUGAUGAUGAUGUUACAGAACUUGAAACUUUUGGAGUAACCACCACGAAACCAUCGAAGUCACCAAGUCCAGCAAGCACUUCCACAGUAGCCAACAAGAUAGAUACUCCCACAGCCCCCAGCACAGCAGCCACCUCUGUGGCAUCAAAUGCACCAGACAUUUCGGCUCAUUCUAGAAGUUUAUCUCAGAUUCUGAUGGAACAGUUGCAGAAGGAGAAACAGCUGGUGACUGGUAUGGAUAGCGGGCCUGAAGAGUACAAAAAUAAAGACGAUCAGGGAUUUGUACCAUGUGGAGAAAAUGUAUCAAAUUCUGACAAGUCUUUGAUGCAAGAUAGUGACUUGAAAAUGCCAGAUGACUUACGGUUAGAAAGUUCCACGGACAUCGAAACUUCUAAUCAAGGUGAUAUGGCUGUUGAUGUGAUGUAUGCCAAUGAAAGCCUGAGUGCUCUAGAGAACACAGACAAUUCAAAGGAAAAGACCGUGACGUCAGAAGCAGCUAGAACUGAAGAUGAAGUUCUUUGCGAUAGUGAUACAGAUGAAGACUGUUUAAUCAUUGAUACAGAGUGUCAAAGUAAUAGUAGUGGAAAAACAGCCAAUGUGGGUUCUAAUUUAAGUUCUAAACCCGCUAGCCCAAAUUCUUCCUCAGGACAGGCUUCUGUAGGAAACCAGACUAAUACUACUUGUAGUCCUGAAGAGUCGUGUGUUUUAAAAAAACCUAUCAAACGAGUAUAUAAAAAAUUUGAUCCAGUUGGAGAAAUUUUAAAAAUGCAGGAUGAACUCUUAAAGCCAAUUUCCAGAAAAAUACCUGAAUUGCCCUUAAUGAAUUUAGAAAAUUCUAAACACCCUCCUGUUUCCGAGCCACCCUCUGCUCCUUCAGAUGCCUCUGGUUGGCCAAAAUCUGUAUGGCCUUCUGCGUUUCAGAAGCCAAAAGGACGAUUGCCAUAUGAACUUCAGGACUAUGUUGAAGAUACAUCAGAAUAUAUAGCUCCUCAGGAAGGAAAUUUUGUUUACAAGUUAUUUAGCCUGCAAGACCUGUUGUUACUUGUGCGAUGCAGUGUCCAGAGGAUAGAGACCAGACCGCGUUCUAAAAAACGGAAGAAAAUCAGAAGACAAUUUCCAGUUUAUGUGCUACCAAAAGUGGAGUAUCAAGCUUGUUAUGGAGUUGAAGCUCUGACUGAAAGUGAACUUUGUCGCUUAUGGACUGAAAGUUUAUUGCAUUCCAACUGCUCAUUUUAUGUUGAUCUACUAGUGAGAAAGCCUCGCAGUUUUUAUUCAUCUGGUAAUGUAUUUUUUUAAUUUUAUCUCUGUUCUUGAAGGAUAAACAUUUCAUUGUUUCCUGGCUGCUUUUGUUUCUGUUGAAAAGUCAGUUGGAAAUCUUAUUUUUGUUCCUUUGAAAGUAAUAUGUCUCUUUUCACUGGCAGACUUUAAAUUUUAUCUUUCUCGCUGGUUUUCAACAAUUUUCCUAUGGUGUGCCCAGGAUAGGUUUUUGUUGUAAGUAUUCCUUUGGGGGUUCAUAUUGCCCUUUGAAUAUGUGGUUUGAUGAUUUUCAACGGUUUUGGAGAACUGUCAGUUAUUAUCUCACCAAGCAUCACUUCUUCCUCAUUCUACCCUCCUCCUCUGGGAUUUCAGUUGCGAUAUGUUACAUCUUACCGUAUCCAUAAUGUCCCUUACAUUCUUUUCGGUAUUUACCUGCCUUUUGACUCUUCAUGCAUCAUUCUUGAUAUUUCCUCCUAGUUUACUAAUGCUCUCUUCAGCUGUCUCUAAUAUACUGUUUAACUUGUCAUCUGAGUGCUUAAUUUCAAUUUUUGUAUUUUUCAGUUCUAGAUUUUACAUUUGGUUCUUUUUUAUAGGUUAUAGUUUUCUACAGAAAUUCUCAAUCUUGUCAUUUCUUAAGCAUAUUAGGCAAAAUUAUUUUAAGGUCUGUGUCUGGUACCUCUGUUGUCUAGGUUCCUCAUUGGUCGUUUCUUUAUCUUUUGUGUAUCAGUUUCCUAGGGCUACUGUAACAAAGUACCACAGGCUGGGGGCUUAGAACAACAGAGAUCAUUGUCUCACAGUUCUGGAGCCUAGAAAUCCAAAAUCAGAGUGUCACAGGACCAUGCUCCCCCUGAAACCUGUAGGAGAGCCCUUCCUUGCCUCUUCUGCCUUCUGGUGUUUGCCAGCAAUCCUUGGCAUCCUUGGCUUUUAGAUACAUCACUCUCAUCUUUGCCUCUGUCAUCAUGUAGCAUCUUCUUGUGUGUGUCUCUCUUCUUAUAAGGACACCGGUCAUAUUGGAUCAAAGGCCCACCCUACUCCACUGUGACCUUAUCUUAACUAAUCACAUCUGCAACAAUCCUGUUUCCAAGGAAAGUUAUAUUCUGAGAUACUGGGAGUAGGGGCUUCAACAUAUCUUUUGGGGGGGCACACAAUUCAUCCCAUAACACGUUUCCCCCCUUUUUUGUUAUCCCAUGUUGUUAAGUUGUAUGUCAGGCUGUUGUUUAUCAAGGGCCAGAUAGCAGACAUGAAAACUUGUUGAGGUAACGUGAGAGUUAAAAUGUUACCUUUCUCUAGACAUGAUUUCUUUUAUUUGCUUUUGACAAGUGGCCUGCCACACUAGCAAUACUGGUUUACCUGAAUCCAGUUACAGGGAUGUAGAUGACUUGAAGCUUGACUUUGGACCCUAGAAAGGCCACUCACUUAUUGCUAGGGUGUCGCCAUUCAGGGUCUGUGCAGAUAAGAGUUAACAGAGCCAACUGACAUUGCCUGUCAUUGGAAAGGCCUGCUCGCAAGGCGGCCGUUGGCUGGUGUCUGGGAACUUGGGCGCCAGACAGUUCCCCACACUGAUAGAUGACUUUCUUCAGCUGCUAAGAAGGGCUGAUUGUGCCUACACUGUUUGUACAAACAAGGUACGUUUUAUUCUGAACAUCUAUUUUCCUUCUGAAAGUCUGGAAUUUUUGUAUGUGCUAGGCAGAGGGUGUCUACACUGAUGAGCCCCCAAUAAAAACCUUGAGUGCUGGGUAUCUGAUGAGCUUCUCUGUUAUACAGAGAAGAGGUAUAAUUCCUUUUUGUUGCUGGAGGAAUUAAGUGUAUCCUGUGUGACUUUUUUAAUUGUGGUAAAAUAUACACGACAUAAAAUUUAUCAUUUUACCCAUUUUAAUGUAUGAUUCAGUGUACAUUUUUUAGUAUAUAAAUCAGUAGCAUUAAGUACGUUCACAGGGUUUUGCAGCCAUCACCACUGUCCAUUUCCAGAACUUUGUCAUCUUCCCAAGCAGAAACUCAGGAGAGGAUUCUUGAAGAUUACACCUGGUUUCCUCUGGCCGUCACCCCACAUGCCUUUGCCUUUUGCUGAUUUCCCUUUUGCUCUGUCUCCUGUUGCUGUAAUAAAUUUUAUCCAUGAGUACAGCUGUAUGCUGACUCCUCUGAGUCCCCUUAGAGAAUCACCAAGCCUGGGGGACCCCUGACACAGGGUCCCAACUCAGAGCUUAAGUGUUUAUCUCAGUGAUAGACCUUGAACUCCAGUUUUUGUUCCUCUAAUCCUGAAGGACUAUUGAAAGCUCCAGUCCAUUUUUUAGCCUGAGUCUCAAUUCUUUUUUCCAGAUUUAACAGACACUCCUAGGAGAAAAGCAGCCCCAAGUGCCAGGCUCACAUUGCUGGAUUUCUUCCUCUGGUGGUUGACUCCUUUACCCUUUACCCACAGAAAUAUAUUCCCAACCCCUUUUCUUUUGCCACUAAAAGAUUAUGUAAUUUAAUUAUUUAUGAUAUUUAUUGGCUGUUUUUCUGUCUUUUGUUUAUUGAUAUAUCCCAAGCACCCAAAACAGCACUUGGCACAUGGAGGUACUCAAUAAAUAUUUUUAGAAUGAAUGAAGUUGGCUUUGAUAAUUGGUUAAAAGAACAGUAAAAGUCAAGGAGAGAAGGGAAAUGGUAGAAAACAAACCAUUGAAUUUAGAUACUUUAUUCUUUUUAUUAUCCCUAGAUGUAUACUGUCCUGCAUCCAAACCAUUGGGAUGCAGGAAGAAAAUAUUAUAACUCUUAUAUAUUUUUUCUCUAAAGAUAUUAGAAAGUAAACAUUAUUCAUAUUAAGUAUGUGGAUUGACAAGUGGUACGCUCUCUUGGAUGUUGUCAUGGAGUCCUGUCACAUAUAAUGUGGAAAGUAUCCUCAUUAUCUCCACAUUGCACACCUCCAGGGAGAUGGUGUGCUCAAUCCAUUCCAUAUGAAUGGCUUCCCCCAGAGUUGUACCAUACACCAUCCUCGGGUAUGUUAAGUAUGAUUUUGUUGCCAAAAAUGAAAGAUGUCACUUAUUUAAAGCAAAAACAAAACUUCUAUAUAUUUAUACUUUCAAGACUUAGAAUCAGAUUAGAAAAAAAUCUCUUUUGAAGUUUCCCAAAGAGCCUCAAGGAUAGGAAUGUAGCUCCUAUCUAAAAUUUGUAAGAAAAACUGAUUUAACAUCAGGGAAAGUGGACAUUCACUAGUAGAAUUUGAGCAGAAACCCUUGUGUAAUUGGUGUGUGGUGUUAAAAACAAUCAGCGUCAUUCUUUAGCCCAGCAAGGAGGCACUCGCUCCAGUUGGGUCUAUGUAUCAUUAUGGGUAUCAGUUUUAGCUAUGACAGCCAUUAUAAUCUAUAGCAAAAUGAACUUUCAGUCCAUCCUUCAAAUAGUUGUAUCACACAGUAUUAAAACAAGGUUUUUCAAAACAACGAAGCAUAGUUACUCAUGUAUUGCGUAUCACAGGCAUACCUCAGAGCUGCAGUUCAGUUCCAGCCCACUACAAUAAAGCAAAUAGUGCAAUACAGUCACAUGAAUUUUUUGGUUUCCCAGUAUGUAUAAAAAAGUUAUGUUUACACUAUACUGUAGUCUGUGUUAAGUGUGCGAUCGCCUUGUCUAAAAAAACCAAUAUCCAUACCUUACUUAAAAAAAUGCUUUAUUCUUGGGGCCGGCCCUGUGGCCAAGUGGUUAAGUUCGUGCACUCCGCUAUGGUGGCCCAGGGUUUCGCCGGU